CUCGUGAAUCUAGAUACAAGUCUUUCGGUAUUUUGUUUUUUAGUUUAUGGCCUGGUUUAUUCCCUUUAGACCAACGGUAUUUUAUACUGUUGCCAAAAUCUCGGUAAUAUAUAUUCCUUUAUUAUUUUCUAUUGUCUAUCUUAAAUUCAAGAGUUUUCAGUCGAAUGCAAUGCUAUUGCCGAAUGUGAGAUAAGCUUUUGAGUAGGAGUUGUUUUUGAAUGUAAACAACAUUAGGUUACUUCAAGAAAAAAUUGAACAUAAAUUGUUUUUCUGGCGUCGGAACGUGACGACACUAUUGUCAAAAUGUAUGAAAAAGCAAUUAACAGAAUUGAUUUCACGAGCGCAAUUAGUCAACCCUUCUUUAGACGAAGUUGUUUCGGACUUCAGCCAAAUUACGACCAUGGCAGUACAAUAAGAUUACCUUAGUAUACUCGCUAUCGUGCGAUGUCGAGACCACGGCCCCAGUGGCAGCUGCAAGCAAUUGCAGCUCGAAAACGAGACAAUGAGCUUCGUAAAGCUGACGAGUUAAGAAAAGUUGCUUCUUAUUUUGAAAAGAAUACUCAUAAGUCAAGGCAUCAUGAGAACUGGACAACAGAAGAUUAUUACGAAAAAGCUAAAAAAGAAGCUGAUAUAUUAAGUGAAAAAAAAAUUCGGGCUGUACAAUUAGAAGAAAGGCGAAAGAAGUUGGAGUUAAUGUUAUUUCAAGAGAAUAUGCAGUAUCAACAAGAGAUUAAGGAAUUGGCAGCACAACCCAAGUUUUUUAAAAAUGGAUCUUACCUCAACAAAGUUCCUACAUCAACCUUGCAAGAAAUCAACCAAGGCAUCAUAGAAAAAGAGGAACAGUUGAGACGGCAAGAAGCUGAAUUAAAGUUACACCAUGCAUGGCGACUUCGGCAGCCUGAAUUGAAAGCAGCCUGUUCUUAUAUUGCUAAUGGAAAACUUAAAUCGGCUUGGUUGGAGCAAAUAGUAGAAAAGGAAAUGCAAAAGAAAAAGGAUGAAGAAGAGACUCUUAAGAUCCUUCAUGAAAGAGACGAGGCCCUUCAAAAGCAAAUACUGAUAGAAGAAAAAAGACUUCAAGAGAAAGAGCUAAAAAUGAGAGAGCUCAGAAGUAGUCUAGAGGGCCAAAUAUCGGAGUUGAGUCACAAAGAGACAGCUGUGAAAAAACUUCGUAAAAUGGAGGAGCGAGAGAGAAUGAUAUUAGAAGAGCUACAAUUCAUUUCGAAGGAAAGAGAAAGAGAGCACGCGAAACUGGUGUCAGAAAGAGACGCAAAUAUUGUGAAUAUGGGUUUGCACAAAUUUAAGUUGAAGAAGAAAGUUGCAUCAGUUUUAAAUGAAAUAAGUUUGGAUUUGAAAAUAUUGGAGAAAAUCAAAGAAGCUGUUGUGAAAGACUAUGAAUCCGAAAAAGAGAAACAAAUAAAUUACAAACGACUACUGGACGCGGCACUAGUAGAGUUAGAAGAGCACAGAGAGAGGGAGCGACAGAGACAGAAGAACAUUGAGACGAUGUAUGACGGUGAAGCGAGACAGCUUAAUGAGAAACAGGAUAAGAUAUGGGCAAAAGAACGCGAAGCACGCGGUACUCUUAUGAAAGAAGUUAUUGCGACGUUAAAAAAGCAAGUAGAAGAGAAGAUCCAGUUGAAUAUAGAACAGCAGAGAGCGAAUGUUCUCGAUCGGGAGAAGAUUCUAGAACACAUGGACAGCUUCCAACAGGAAGUCAGAUCUAGGGAGAGGGAUACUCAGUUAAAAAACACAUCAUAUUCAUCAAUAAACGCGCUUCAAUCUCAAUUGAAUGGCCUGAAAGUACAAAAAGAGAAGAUAGAUGCAGUAGCACAAAGAGAGUCAGAAAUAAAGGAGGCGAUUUUCAACGAAAGAAGAGUUCGACAAGAGAUUGCACGAGCGCAGAGGGCAGGGAAUACUCAGGCUUGGGCUUAAGUAAGAUUUUUCAAAAACCUGUUUUAAAUGAAAAUAUGAAUUUUAAGUUAACAUUUGUUCAGGAAUGUAUUGUCGGGGCCCGUUAAGUAUAACUUUCAUAUGUCAACGUCAUAUAACGUGAUAAUGCGAAUUUGGCGUGCUCACACAUCACAGUUUUAUAACCGCAAAAAACUGUUUAAAACUUUUUUCAACGUUGUCUUGUUCCUAUUAUGAAGUAUUAUUGAUGAGCAGAAUUUGUCAUAGAAUACAUUAUUAAUUAUAAGACAAAUAUACUUUCUACUAUAUUGAAAGUCCGUAAAGAUGAAUUGUUAUCAAAAUUUAAAUGAAAUUGUGUUAGAGAGUCGAAAAUCACUGCCCAUUGCUGCCUCUUUCGCCGGGUUCCAUUAAUUAAAAUACGAUACGAGUUAGUAAAUUUCAGAAAAAUAUAUAUUUUUAAAGUGUUCUUUAUACAUAUCAUUCUUGUAAGGAACAAAUAUAUUUUUAAGAAGCACUAAGUCAUUAACUUGCUUUUACGAUUACUUUGACUUAAGAUGAGUCAUAUAUACUAAUAUAAAUGAAUUUAUAGAAAUGCAUUCUCUUAGAAUAAUCUAUAGCGCGUAUAACGUCAAUCAAACAAUUUAGUUUCGAGAGCUUAUAUAGUCUGUAAAAAUUUGUAUAAAAGUUUGACAUAUUUGAAAGCGCUUAAGUAGAGAUUCUGUCUUGUGAUACGAAUUAAAGUAUGAACCUAAGAAUCCAGGCAAAACGUAUAUAUUUGGCUUUACUAAACAGUACUAUUAAGAACGUUAUAGAAACACAAAUUUCUGUAUUUUCAAGUGGAGAACUAUGUAUUUUGCCUGCAAAUUUCUAGUCUUCAGCAAAAAAUGGCAAAGACUGAUUGUAGUUUAAGAGUCGCAGAAUAGUUGUCAUAUUUUGUGAUAAGAGAUUUUGUAUUUUUGGAUUGUGUGAAUAAAAAUAUUGAAAAAGUA